AUGUCGAUGGAUUAUGUUCAGCCACCGGUAAAACAUAGUUAUUUCUCUCCUCCCGUCAAUAUAAAAGAGUUUCUGAAUGAGGCGAUAGAAGCCGAGAAAGGAUUAUUUAAUUUUUUUAAUGGAUCUGAUCGAACUGGAGAGGAGGAUGUACGGGAGAACUUCGUCGCCUUCGCGCAGGAUUAUGAUCAAAACUCCGAUGAAGCCCAGAAGACAGUGAAAGAAGUUGAGUAAGUUAAAUUAUAUUAUCCUUGAUCUUCUUUUAGUGCUAAUCUGGAGCACAUUAUUGAGCAAUACCCCGUUAUCGAGUUUGAGCCUGGCUUUCCUCCGCUUGAUAGCACUCUUCAUAGUCACAUGUAAGUGGAGUAUUCUUUACGUUUAUUUUUUAGAGUUCUGAAUGAUAUGAGAACAAGAAAUGCAGGGAAAACGAAGCUGAAGAAUACCUAUUUAAAGCGUGGAAAGUAUUAUAAAUACAGAGAUUUUGCAUUAGAGAAGCCUUUACAAGCAAAAGUGGAGGUCGCCGAGAAGGAUGUGGUUGUCACCGUCAGUCUUCUCUCGCCCAUGAAUACCUUGUCCAAUCAAGCAACAGACAUUUCAAUGAGAAAGCAAUGUGAAGUGAAGUAUCAGGUCAGAGGUGACAUGUUACUCACAAAGCUGAGGGAAAAGAUCUUUUGUCAAGCUGACUUCUGGUGUAAUAAGCAGGAUUUCGAGGAAGCCAACGAUUCUAACAAUUACUUUUUGGUUAGUUUGCUAAGUUUUAAGUAAAAAAUGAACAAUUUGUUUCAGAAUAAGUAUCCGUCAGGCUUCUUCUUUAUAUUCGACACGUUUUUUAUUGACAGGACUAAUCCCAAUUCUGUGGAUAUAUCCGAGUAAGCUUUAGUAUACCUAAAAUACUGUCUUCUUUAGACAAACACGAGAAUUCAUGACCAGAAAGAACAAAGUCUUUAAGGAACAUCAUGUAAAAGACAUUAAGGACGUAAAAAUAAGGGAUCUAACUCUUAGACUGGGACAGCCCUACGUGUUCAUCCAUCAAGGUACUUUUAAAAUGUUCCUUUAUGUUAUUGUAGGUCAUUGCGAACAUCUGAUUAUUUUCACUGAUCUCAGACUGAUGAACCCGAAUGAUGUCCAAGAUGUAAAUGAAUAUCCCUUGCUCGUCUAUGAUAAUAUAAAGCAAAUCAACUGCUGUGUUUGCAAGGAUAGUAUUGCUUCGUAAGGUUAAUCUUGAGUAGUAAUGUUCUUUAUAGAUUUGUGGUGACGGAAAGUGAUCGAAUGCCUGUAAAUCCAGGUUUUAUGUGCGAUGAUUGCUUCAAACAGUUCCAUUAUGAAAGGAAAAUGAGGAUAGGCACCUUUAAAGCAUAUCAUUUCAUUGAUCGAGGAUGUUUGGAAUAA